AGAUCUUCGCCAUUAUCUCAAUUUACGGUUCCAGAAAGGUUCAGUGGACCACGAACUUCAGCAAAUCAUACGUGACAACCUCUACCUCCGGACUGUGCCGUGUACGACGAGGCAGCCCAAAGAGGGAGAGGUCCCAGGUGUGGACUACAACUUUGUGAGCGUUGAGCGGUUUAUGGAAUUAGAGAAAAGUGGGGCCUUGUUAGAAAGUGGAACGUACGAAGAUAACUUCUAUGGCACGCCAAAGCCUCCUGCCGAACCCACGCCGAUGCUGUUUAAUGUGACGGACCAACUCUUGCCCGGUGCCCGACCUAGUGCAGAGUGGAAAAGGAAGAGAAAUAAGUCCGUCAGUAACAUGGAGAAGGACAGCAUUGAGCCUCCAGAAGAGGAGGAGGAGGAGAGUCCUAUCAUCAACGGCAACGGCAUCGCCAUCACACCAGAAUCAAGUGAACAUGAGGACAAAUCCACCGAUGCCUCAGGAGAUGUUCCCGUCCAGCCGUGCCCACCCGAGACCCCCACCCUCACAGCCACAGACGUUCCUGAGGAGGAAGGAGAUGCUCCCAAAUCCCCACAGGACUUGCAGGAGAAUGAUGAUAUGGGCUCUUUGCCAGACAACUGGGAGAUGGCCUACACAGAGAAAGGAGAAGUUUACUUCAUAGAUCACAAUACCAAAACGACGUCAUGGCUGGACCCUCGAUUAGCGAAGAAAGCUAAACCUCCAGAGGAGUGUGAGGAAGAUGAACUUCCAUAUGGCUGGGAGAAAAUCGACGACCCUAUUUAUGGCAGUUACUAUGUUGACCACAUUAACAGAAGGACACAGUUUGAGAACCCCGUCCUAGAGGCCAAACGAAGGAUCCAACAGCAGCAGCAAAUGCAAAGUCAAGGUCUAUCGGCGCUGCCAUUGCCCACCAUAUAUAGAGAAAAGCCCCCGUUCACACGUGAUGCCACGCAGCUCAAAGGGACGUUCCUCACAACGGUGCUGCAGAAGAGCAACAUGGGCUUCGGCUUCACCAUUAUCGGUGGCGAUGAGCCGGAUGAGUUCCUGCAGGUCAAGAGCGUCAUUCCUGAAGGACCUGCAGCUCAGGAUAGCAAGAUGGACACAGGUGAUGUGAUCGUCUACAUCAAUGACAUCUGUGUUCUGGGCACCACCCAUGCUGAUGUGGUGAAGCUUUUCCAGUCGGUCCCCAUUGGUCAGAGCGUCACCUUGGUAUUGUGUCGAGGUUACCCGCUCCCAUAUGACCCAGAAGAUCCUUCGGCAAGCUCCUCCAUGCCCCCUUUGGGCCUGGUGGAUCACCCGUUGCUGCUUAAUGGAAGGAACAACUAUGAAAAUUAUAUGGAGUACAUGUCUUUGACUGGCCGCUUGGUACCUGAGCAUGGUGAGGGCCUCACCCCGCUUCCCCACCCAGGAGACACCCACCUGGAUGGCUCACAACCUCCGUCCUUAACCACCCCAGGACCCCCACCUGACGACAGUGUCUCAAUGGCAUCAUCCUCAGGAGCAACAGCUGGGGCUACGGUGGCCCCGGAGCUUCUGAGUCUCACUAUAACCAAAGGUGCAGAGGGUUUCGGCUUUACCAUAGCGGACAGUCCUACGGGGCAGAGAGUUAAACAGGUUCUGGAGCCGCAGGGUUGUCCGGGGUUGUGUGAAGGAGACUUGAUAGUGGAGAUUAAUCAGAAGUGUCUCCAGGGACUGAACCACACACAGGUGGUGCAGCUGCUCAAGGACUGUCCAGUGGGAACAGAGGCUACGCUUGUCAUUCAGAGAGGAACCACAGCAGGCCUCUUUACAGCCUGGGAUCCAGCAAAACAGUGGGAUCCUCAAGGAAGUCCUCAGACUGGUUUAUCGGCUACUUUGCUUCCUCAUGGUGCUCCACAUCCUGCACAGACGCUUCAUCGCUCCUCUGUUCCAGAUUCAGAGGCUUUCCACUUAGGCAAGCCGGACCCCUAUGACCUCUAUGAGAAGUCACGGGCUAUAUAUGAAAGCAGACAGCCGCUUCCUCCUCGGACGCUGACAGACUCUACAGGUGUGGAGUAUCAGGAGGUGGAGGUGCACCUGCUGAGGGAGAAGACCGGCUUCGGCUUCAGGAUUCUGGGUGGAGACGAGGCGGUGCAGGCUAUUGUGAUUGGAGCAAUCAUUGAGAAUAGCCCAGCAGAGCGGGACGGCAGGCUGCGUCCCGGAGAUGAGCUGGUCUCGGUUGACAGGAUGCCUGUGGGGGGACGACCACAUCGCUACGUCAUCGACCUCAUGCAUGCGGCAGCUCGAAAUGGACAGGUCACCCUGACGGUUAGGAGGAGAGUUCUGACGCAGCAGAGUCAACCGUGUGAGGAGAACGGUGGUUCAGCCAAUCAGAACAGCUCUCCUCGAGGUCACGCUGUCUGUCCGGUCAACCUGCCGCCCACCACUGAUGUGGUCAUUCACCGUAAGGAAAGUGAAGGCUUCGGCUUUGUCAUCAUCAGCUCCCUCAACCGUCCAGAGACCACAAACACAAUAACUGUGCCACAUAAGAUCGGCCGCAUCAUCGAGGGCAGUCCGGCCGAUCGCUGUGGAAAGCUGAAGGUUGGCGACCGUAUUAUGGCUGUCAACUGUCAGUCUAUUAUCAACAUGCCUCACGCAGACAUUGUCAAGCUGAUCAAAGACGCUGGACUCACUGUCACCCUGCACAUCAUCCCAGAGGAAGACGUAAAUGGUGCUCACUCGGCCCCAACAUCGGAAAAGCAGAGUCCCAUGGUGGCCCAGAAGCACAGCCCACAGACCCAGUCCAGCCCGGCAACCCAGCAGAGCCCUACCAUGGCACAUCCCAGCCCUCCAGCCCCUCACCCCAGCCCAGCCACCACACAGCCCAGCCCACUACUGGUAGACCAGAGUCCUGGAGCUCCACACGGCAGCCCUCCGCUCAUUCAGGGCAGUGUGUCUGUGAGUCAGGCCGGCCUGGAGAGCAUGCAGACAGGCUCAGCCAUGACUCAGGCUGCUCCGGUUCUGGAUCCAGGCAUGACGGGGAUUCAAACCACUAUCAUUGGAUCAGUGCCGGUGCCGGUGCCUCCACAACUCUAUCUUCAUGACACCAGGUCGGAGGUAAAGGCCAGGCAGGAUGUUAAACCUGAUAUUUGCCAAGCUGCUUACACAGACUACAGACAGCCGCCAGUGGACUACAGACAUCCCCCUGUGGCAGAUUACAGACAGCCCCCGACCAUGGAGUAUAGACACCCGCCUGCGCUCAUCGACUACAGACAACACUCCAUCGCUGACUACAGGCCACAGGACUAUGACUAUUUCACUGUGGAACUGGAGAAAAGUGUGAAGGGAUUUGGCUUCAGUAUCCGCGGAGGAAGGGAAUAUAAGAUGGACCUGUUUGUGUUGAGACUGGCUGAGGAUGGACCUGCAGUCCGCAACGGCAGAAUGAGGGUUGGAGAUCAGAUUAUUGAAAUUAACGGUGAGAGUACGAGAGACAUGAGUCACGCUCGUGCCAUUGAGCUCAUCAAGGCUGGCGGUCGUCGGGUACGUCUGCUGUUGAAAAGGGGCACAGGACAGGUGCCAGAAUAUGUAGACAGUGCCACCUCCCGGAGUGCUCUCUCUCCAGCCGCCCCUGCCUUGUCGGAAGUAGUUUCGCCCCAUUAGAGUGACUCUCACCCCUCGCCGUCACCCGUCAUCUCAUCCAGCCUCGAACCCUGGACCUUCAGUGGCAUUUCUGUGACAGUUUGGACCAAUCACGGUGCCCCUCGUGGUCAGUUUUGUGAGGCUUUGCCUGCAGAACGAAGGGUGGCAGGUCCACCUGUAAGAGCUGUGCUUUGAACAGCCUAAAAACGAAGGAGACGGAUCUUAAAAGUCUAAAAUAUUGAGAACAGAUGGAGACAUAUCAACCUCAAAUGGAUUAUCGCAUCCAACUUGCUUUUCAUACAGUCGCCAAGUUUGUUUUUCAUGUUUCCGGACGAUCCAGAUGAACGGCAGCCAAAGACGGGUGGCUCGGCCUCUCGCUGUUUAAUUCUGGAUCCAAAGCGGACACUUCUCACCGGGGAACGAGCCGAACUUUCAACGCCUCGCUCUUCCGUCUGAGCACUCGUUGUUUGUUUAUCAUGUAGAGGUUGUUUAUUUUUUGGUAUAAUUUCAAGAGGUUCACACCAAGCCCCUUGCGAUACCAGGGGUCAAAUAUCGCAAAUAUAUGUGUAGCAUGAAAAAUGAGAUUUCCGAGGAAACACACAAACUUCUGAGUUGAGAACUUUUCAGUAUUGAGUUUCUUUAUAUGUCUGAUGGGGGAAUGAACAUCACACUGGCAGUAAAAAUAAAAAAGGAGGCUGCCAUGAUGGAGACAAUGUCACGCCAAACCAUUCAAGGUUCAUUCAUGGGAGGUAAAUGCAUAUCAGUCGCCAAAUCUGCCGCAUGGAUGUAUCCCUUUAGAUCCCGAGACAAUAGUAUGGUUAAGUCUUGAUGAAUUCUUUACCCGGGCAAGCGUUUGGUUUCAUCGCAGACUGACGUGAAGAUGAACGGCGGAUGUUUUCAAAGCCUCGGUGUGUCAUUUUCGGCCUCAUCGGCCCUGUACUGUUUGCCACCACUGUGGAUUUGGGGUGCCAUCUUACACCUCAUGAGCUUCAUCCCCAUGUCUCUGAUGGCUCCGUAGUUCAUGGAAAAUAAUUAGCAGAGCUAAUUAAAGGAGAAAAUGUUUGCAGGGCAGUUUGGUCUGAGACCAGGAGACAUGCAGUCUUUCACCCUGUCUUAACCAAGUGCGACAUGACUAAUAAUUAGCCUGUUAGCUCAAAAUGCGAAAACGUAUUUGAUGUGUUUUGUAACUGUCGGCAGGGUCACACUCAAAGUAGUGUGGGUCGUUAAAACAUAAAAUCUACAUAAUAUUAUUCUAUUUACUUUCUUAACACACAUUCCUGGUCAGGAUUUGCUUGAUAUUUUAGUACCUACCGAUUAUCUAGUCUGAUCUUACGAGAAAACGUACGUAUUUUACGUUUUGUCAGUUAAGUGGCUAAUUCAUACAAGUUUGUAUAAGUUUAGACAUACAAAAAUGUAUGAUUUUAAAAAGGAGGCAUGGCACCAAACAAAAUCACAAAGAUUGUAUGAAUUCAUACAAAUUAGCCUAAAACUAAAAGUUAUGAAUUGCCAUUAGAUUGUGUUGGAUUAUUGGCUGAAAUUGUUAUUGGAUGACUUUCAAAUUUCUUUUAAAAAUUUAGGAAUUUUCUAGCUGCUUGUUAUAGUUGUGUGAUUAUUUAGUUGUUGUUUGUUUUUCAGAAUGUGUUAUCUUAAUAUUUGCAUUUUGACCAAAUAAAAUAUAACUAUAG